AUGGUUAGAUGGAUACCAGCAUCAUUACCACUUCAUCGUAGGUUAGAAACAACAGCAGUGCUAUUCUAUUUGAUGAUUGUACCGAUGUGUAUGUUGUUUGCUUUCUACUCGAUUAUAAUACCGAUAUUCUGGGGUUUUACUAUUCCUUAUUUGUUAUGGACGUUUUUUUAUGAUACGGCAUGGGAGCGUGGCGGACGCAGAAACAACUGGAUACGAAACCACCGUACAUGGCGUUACUUUAGAGAUUACUUCCCGAUUUCGUUGGUCACCAGCACAAAGCUAGAUCCAGCCAAGAACUAUAUAUUUGGUUACCAUCCACAUGGCAUCAUUAGCAUGGGUGCAUUCUGUAAUUUCGCAACCAAUGCCACUGGCGUCGAUGAAAAGUAUCCUGGCAUUACGAUACACCCGUUGACACUAACAUCGAAUUUCAAGAUACCUUUUCUACGCGAUGUACUUAUGAGUUUUGGAAUAUCGUCGGUCGCACGCAAUGGCUGUGAUAAUGUGUUGGAGUCAGGUCCCGGGCAGUCCGUUAUGAUAGUGAUUGGCGGUGCAGAGGAAUCUCUGGAUGCGCAUCCUGGCCACAACGAGUUGCUACUCAAGAAACGCAAGGGAUUCGUCAAGCUGGCAUUUGCACACGGUGCUUCACUAGUGCCGAUCUACUCGUUUGGCGAGAACGACAUAUUCGAUCAGGUAGAUAACCCUAAAGGAAGUUGGAUCAGAAAAUGUCAAACCAAAGUGAUGAAACUGACCGGAAUUGCACCGGCACUCUUUAAUGGUCGUGGAAUUUUCAACUAUGACUUUGGAUUACUACCUCACCGCAGAAAGAUUGUCUCUGUUGUAGGAGAGCCUAUAGACGUACCGAAAGUCGCAAGUCCAUCCGACGAACUCAUCGACCAUUAUCAACAAUUGUAUAUGGAUUCACUAUCAAAUCUAUUUCAUAAAUAUAAAGAUGAAUAUGCAAGUGAAAGUGAUGAUUUAAAAAUUCAUUAA